CAUGUCUGCCAAUUGCCAUACGUUAGAGAAUUUGUUACACAGUCAGCAACUCUAAAUCUCCUGCCGCAUUGCAGCAAUCUUGUCUACCGAAACCUCAAGAACACCUUAAGAGCCAUGGUUUGGCAAGGACUUGGACAUUGUGCAGACCAGAUGUUCCUUGAUGAAAACAACGAUGCUGUGGUAGAAUUCAGUAACAGUCAACUGUUAAAGAUGGAGUGUGUUGACGGGCCUGGUGUCAUGGAUCAAUGGCUUUUGUUGCAUUUUUCAUCUUGCUCGACAAUUACAGCUCGCGUGAACGAGGAAUUCAUCACCUCUGCCUUUUACACCAAUGAAGAAGUGGUUGAAUCUCUUGGCCAAGAAAUGUGUAUCUGCCUUGAUGUUUGCCUUGCAGGAAGCGGCUGUGAAGCAAUUGUUGAGGGAUUCUACAGCGUAAUUGGUGCCCACAAGAAGUCUGGAGGUCAAUCCAACCAAUCGCUUGCCCAACGUGCCAUUGUUGACUGGACUUUACCUCACUCAGCUGCUUGUCCUGCAACGAUUGAGGAAAUUGCCAAAAUAUACAAAGAUGGAAACGAAGAGCAUCAACUACCAAGACACCGAGAUCCUGUUUUUACUGACGAAAGACAACGGUCUAUCCACAAAUACUUUGUCAGCAAAGUAGUUGAUCGGGUAUCCUCACAUGUACCUCGUUGUCCUCAUGUGUUACACAAACAGGACAAAUAG